GUUUUGAGUCUUGACUAGAGAGCAUCUUUCGUUGUUUUCUUUAUUUUCAUUUCGUUUAUUUUCAAUUCUUUCGAACGAAUCGAAACAGCGAUUUAUUUUGUGCGAUCACCGUAUAAUUGGUUUUCGUUUAAUCAGUUUACGCUCAUCAACACAAUAGUUCGAAACACGAACAAGCAAGUGAUUUGAGUUUAACAGUUAAAUAGACAAUAUUUUAAAUAAAGACAAUUCUAAUUUUUUUUAUGGUGAAUAAAAGUUAAAAAUCAGAAGAAAAAAAAAUCAAACAUGAUGUUAACCGCGGAAAAAAACUACAGUAAUUGUCCUUUGAAAAAGCGACCAUUUUUGAUGAUGGAAAAAGAGUCAAAAGAAUCACGAUCAAUGAUUGAACAAAAUGAACCGGAAGAUUUGUCAGUGAACAGUAAACGUCGACGUGCCAACAGUCCGCCACCGACACCGAUUUGUGAAAAACGUUGCUCAUCCGUGGAAUCAAUGAUUGAAAUCGAAGACGAUAUCGAUGAUAAACCCGUUGCAUUGAAAGUGGGCAGCAUUAAAGUGGAAAAGUCAAAGAGUUUGAACGACAUCAAACAGGAGGUAAUCUCAAAGGAAAUGAUCUACAAAAAUUGGCCAUGCCCGUUAACACCACCGAUGCACUACACCGGAACAAGUGACAGCUUAGAUUCCUUGUACCUAUCCACAUACACAGCCGCACGGUAUGAAUCACAUUUUGGUUACGCAAAAGAAGAUGGCUUAUUCAAACCACAAACAUUGCCACCAUACCCAUCACCCUAUUUGAUUCCAUCAAUGGAUCUGCGAACCAACUACAAUAAUAACAUCAUCAAAGCCGAUCCGUUUAUCAAUCCAAAAUAUUUCACACCAUAUCGAGUGGAUCACAAUAGUGUUCGGAACAAUAACACCACACCGCAUCGACCAUUGUUCAAUGUGUUCCCGCUGUCACCGGCAAGUAGUCAAGCGUCAUACAAUUCAUAUGAACAAUCACCAAGACGAUCAGAAUCCCCAAUGUCAACCAAUUCAUCGAUCUCUGAACAACCGUCAACGACAACAUCAACACCCGCCACAUACUCUGUAUUCCGUGAUGUAACUGCAAUGAGCGCUGGCGCCCCAGUCGAUAAAUUGUCAACACUAAAAUCUAAACCGGAAAAAGUCUCCAAGAACGCACACUAUCAAUGCACCGAUUGCUCGAAAUCGUAUUCAACGUACUCUGGUUUAUCGAAACAUCAGCAAUUCCAUUGUCCGGCGGUUGAAGGGAAUCAAGCGAAAAAAGUGUUCAGUUGCAAGAAUUGUGAUAAGGUGUACACAUCGUUGGGCGCUUUAAAGAUGCACAUUCGUACACAUACGUUACCCUGCAAAUGUGAAAUUUGCGGCAAAGCAUUCUCGCGACCGUGGUUACUUCAAGGGCACAUCCGUACACACACUGGUGAAAAACCAUUCGAAUGUCAACAUUGUCAUCGUGCCUUCGCCGAUCGAUCCAAUCUACGUGCACAUCUACAAACACAUUCCGAAAUCAAAAAAUACAGCUGCACAACGUGUUCGAAAACAUUCAGCCGAAUGUCACUGCUAACGAAACACAUCGAAGUCGGCUGUCCCGGCAUUCAAAUAUCACACAAUUUAAACUUGUACCAAUAAAAAGAAUUAACGUAUCAAGUUAAGGGACAGACGAAGAAGAAAAUCUCUCGAAAAGACUGAGACAGUUGCACUUAUUCGCGAUAUUAAUCGUAAGCAAAUCGAUAGAAUUCCAUAACAAACGCACAAUUGAUACAUUUUCGUAGCGAAAAUGAUCUUUGUCAAAAGAAAGAAAGAAAGAAAACCAUUUUGUAUUGAAAAUAUAACGUACUUGCAGCCAGUUGUUAAAAAGAACACAUUUGCGAUCAAUGAAAGUCUAGUCAUAGCUUCUACUCACACAGAAAAUAAAAAAGAAUCACAAAAAACACCACUUAAAUGUUAAAACAGAUCUUUGUAGAUUGAAAAUCAUUCGGAGUAAAAGCCAUAAAAACAAUUUUCUUAUUUAAGCAUUUAAAACAAAUUCGAAAUGUACAGUGCCUUGAAUCGUCGUACAAAACACACAAAUAUGGAAGCAUUUACACAGUAGCAUUUUAAGCAUUUUAAAAUUAAACGAGCACGUAUUUUCGAAACUACUUCUAUAAUAAUUGUAAAGACAAAUUGUAAUUUAAGCAGAGAGUGUUUGAAUAGAUUUAAUCGAGUUUUUUUUUGAAAAAAUAAUAAUAAACAAGAUUUCGUAAAAUAUUUUACACCAAUGAAAAAA